UAUAACAUACCUAGUUUAUCAAUUUAAAAAGUCACCAAAUUUGGAGAUAUGUGGUUCUGCUGGAUAGAAAGGUUUGUAAUCUGUAGAGUAACUAAGGUUGCCUGAUCAAUAAAGUGGAGUAAAAAGUACAUAGCCUCCCUCUGAGAUGGAGGGGAGUGUGUGACACUAUUGUCCCACAAUGGAAAUCAAACCCUCAUAAAACCUAAAAUAGAAUAUUGGAAAAUCAGAAGCAUUCCAACGGUCCUCAUCUGCCGGCUGGUUUCUCCGCAGGCUCCUCUUUCGGGCUCCAACAGCAUGACUCUGUGCUGCCUGUGGUGUGUCUCUGGUCCCAUCGCCAUGACAGUCAGCGUGGAGAAGAAAGCUUUCAUCCCCGGUGAAGCCGUGAAAGUCAUUUGCGACUUUAGCAACGCUUCAUCUCGAACUGCUACUCCCAAGGUGGUGCUGCAGCAGAAACAGACUUGCUACGACAACAACAAGCUCAACAAGAAAGCGGUGGUCAAAAACUUGACGCGCGUCUGCGGCCGACCCGUCGGUGCUCACACCUCGCACGUCCACGCCGAGCUCGCGCUCCCUAUUCCCACGUUGGCGUCGCUCACAAUUUCCAACUGCAGCAUCAUAGACGUGGACUACGUCAUUGAGGUUGGUGCCAGCGACCGACUCCGGAAGAUGUUAAAAAGAAAAGGAUCUCACUGUUUCCCAUUCAGCUU